AUGAAGUUUCCAUUAAUAUUUACUUCUUUUUUUUAUUUCAGGCAUUGUCCACAAGGAUAUGUUUGUUUGCGAGUGGGAGAAAAUCCAAAUCAUGGUUACACAAGUUUUGAUAAUUUUUUAUGGUCUAUGCUUACAACAUUCCAAUUAAUAACAUUAGAUUAUUGGGAAAAUGUUUAUAAUAUGGUGAUUGCAUCUUGUGGUCCGUUCAGUGUUAUUUUCUUUACUGUUGUUGUUUUCUUUGGAUCUUUUUAUCUAAUCAAUUUGAUGUUAGCUGUAGUCGCCUUAAGUUAUGAAGAAGAGGCAGAAAUUACACAGGAGGAAAGAAGAAAGGAUCUUACUGACCACCGUGAUGAUUCAACAUUCAGUUUUGAUCCUUCUAAGAUUUCUGUGAAACAAUUGGACAAAUGUCAUAAGAGGCGUAUUGACUCUAGAAAAGGAGUACUUCUUAGCUCCUAUUCCCGUAAGAAGACACGUAGGAGAAAACGAAGAGGAGGAGUAAGUGGCCCUGAGGGAGGUGAUAGAUCGGUAUCACCAAGCCCUAAACGACUAUGUACUGCCCCUCCUACAUCACCACCUGUUGAAAAAACAACUGAAGGGACUGUCCGCUCCACUCCUGCAACACUCCAUCCUUCACCUUGUACGUAA